AUGAAGGAUCGUUUAUUAAUAGUAGGGCCACCAAAAUCUGGUAAAUUUACACUAGUGAAAUCAGUAUUCGGCUCAUUACCGCAAAAUAUACCCAAAGAUGUACCACAUCAGGGAAUAAUCCAUAGAAUAGAACUAUCAACAAAAUAUUUCAAAACGGCAUUAGAUCUAUGGAUUGAUGAGACUAAUGAUCUUGCAGAAUGGUGUAAGGAGUUUGGAAGCUUGGAGGCAAAAGAGGCGAGAGAAGUCAUCAAUGGGAUCAUAUUCACUUUUAAAUUUGAUGAUGGUGUGCGGAAAAUUGAAGAGAUGGUUGAACAUAUGACUGGAUUGAUUGAGAAGUUCCAAGAGGAUGGUGGAGAUUAUCAAUGGGAUGGGUUUGUUAUAGGGGCUGGGUUUGGUGAACAUGUUGAUGACGAUUUGAAAUUGCAGAUUGAGGAUUUGUUUAUAAUGAAUGGGAUUGAAUUGGUUUGGUUUGAAGAAGUUGGAAAGAAUGAAUUUGGUGAAGUUUUAGGGAAAGAUAGAAUACGACAAGUUGUUGAGUGUCAUGACUGGGAAAUUUCAGAUUUCAAAGAUGAUCCUGUUUUAGCUACAGAGGAGAUUGAUGAAAAAGCAGAGAUGGUUGGUUUAUUGAAUGGAAAUGAUAUUGAUCUAGAUCAGAUACUAACUAAAUUGAAUAUUGCCAAGGAUGAGAUAUCUAAACUGGCAAAUGAUGAUGAUAAACAUAAAUAUGCAAAAGAUGUGAUUGAUAGUUUAGGAAUAUAA